GGACGAGAAUGUUCCUGUUGAAUUUUCGUUUUAAUAAGUUUAUGACUCUGCUUAGGCCAUAAACAUUUUAAUAUGCUCAAAAAUGGAGUUUUGAAGUCCUUACUAAACUCUACAUAGAAAAGGCUACAACCUCAGAAGAAAGAAAAUUAAAAUACUAUUGGACUGGAGGGAAAUGGAAGAUAAAAAUAAAGAAAGCAGGCCCACAGAGAGGAGGAGAGCAGAUAUUAAGAAUGAAAAGAAAGGGAAAUGGACCAAAGACCUUAGCAUUCAUCUAAGAAGAAAGAUAGCAUGAUAUAAUUAUCAGUUCAAACACUAAUGAUGGAUAGAGAAGACCUCAGAAAAGGGAGAGAUGUCAAUAUUUGAGCUACAACUAUCAGCAACAGAAGUCAGUUAAGGCUAUGUUCAGAGACCCAAGAAGGCUAAAAGUAACCCUAAAGAAGGCCAUCUUUGAGCAGGAAUUGCCAAGUAUUCUAAAAGCUCCUGAAGAUCUGUUGUUCUCCGGAGAUCAAAAAAAGUAUAUUCCAAAGAUGGGAUUUAUCAAGCCUAUUUGAUAGAAUGGAUGCAGGAUUAAACAAAUAAUUUGAACUCAUUAGGAUCAAUAUC